CUGAGGCUCAGCUGCGCCGUCAGGUACGACACCUACCCCUUCUUCGACCCCUCCCUCCCGCUGCCCAGGACUCUGCUCAACGGCUCGGCCGCCAACAGCCUGUCAGCACCUCCGCCGAUCGUCGCUCCGUCUGGAAACAAUAAACACGCAACAAAAGUUGUUCUUAUAAUUGCCGUCACUGUGGGUGCUGGAGGGGCGAUUGUGCUUUUCGCCAUUUGCAUUUAUCUCUUCAUGGGUAAAGUUGCUAGAGAUGCACAAUAUAAACAGAUAAGGUCCAUAUCGUUUGAUCUGAAAACGCUUUGUACGGCCACAAAUAACUUCGCUAUUCAAAAUAAGCUCGGAAGCGGUGGAGCUGGAAUGGUCUACAAGGGAACGCUACCGGAUGGACAGGAAAUAGCAGUGAAGAGGUUUUCCGGAGCAUCGCAUCAAGGGAUAACAGAGUUAGGAGUUAUCGUCUUGAUUGCAAAGCUCGAGCAUCCGAAUCUUGCCAAGUUGAUCGGCUUUUGCUAUGAAAAAAUGGAAAUGCUUCUGGUUUGUGAAUAUCUGCCCAAUAAAAGUCUAGACAACUACUUGUUCGAUCCCAACAGGCGAGCACAACUAGACUGGCGAAUGCGCUACAUGAUCAUCAGAGGAGUCUGUCAGGGUCUUCUUUACCUUCAUGAAGAUUCACAGCUGACGAUCAUCCAUCGAGAUCUAAAAGCAAGUAAUAUCUUGCUAGAUAAGGACAUGAAUCCUAAAAUUGCAGAUUUUGGUCUCGCAAAGCUUUUGGGUAGCGAUAAAACCCAUGAAAUCACUAGAAAAAAUGCUGGUACAUUAGGAUAUAUGGCACCUGAAUAUUACAAUAAGGGGCAAUUUUCAAAGCAAUCGGACGUGUAUAGCUAUGGUAUAUUGGUCUUAGAGAUUGUAACUGGAGAAAGAAACAGUGAAUUUGAAGGAUCAAGCGACGCUCUGUAUCUUUCAACCUAUGUAUGGAAACACUGGAGAAAUGGGAAGGGACUAGAUGUCGUCGAUAAAAGUCUAGGUAAUCUGUAUGAACAAGACGAAGCAUUAAAAUGCAUCCAGAUUGGGCUACUUUGUGCACAACAUGACCGCGCAAAGCGACCCAGCAUGAGUCAAGUCUCAUCCAUGCUUGAUGGUCCCAAUGAAAUAUCGGAACAACCAUGCGAGCCUGGGUACGUGCCAGUGGUUGACAACACUACAGUUAUUAGCUCACCCGAACAAGAACAAGCGCCAUUCAAUACAUACAGGGCCAUUCAAGAACGAGAAACCGUGUAGGUUACCAAGGUGUUAGUUCCUAUAUAAGUUUUUUCUAAUGAGGUUGAUGGGCCUAACCUACAAAUAUGUGGAUGUUGAGGAAGAAACAAUUUCAAUUUUUAUUCAAGUGUAUGAUUUUAAACAUUAUUGUUAGUUCGAGUGGCUUGAAUUUGGCCAUUGUUUGUAUAAUUACGCUGUGAGCUCGCUGGACGUGUAUACUGUUAUCUUUUGCAUUGCAAUGUUGAUACUAAGAUACUACAAGUAGUA